AGGUUACCUCACUGAAAGGCCAAAAACCGCAUUGGAGCCACUAAAAGUUAAUUUAGUUGUUUUUAUUUACUGAUCAAAGCAACCUUUGAAUUAUCCUUUGUAUAAAUUCAAUAUCAAGAAGGUCAAUGACAUUCAUUCACAUUGUGUACCUAAAGGCCGCGUGGAAGACGCGAGAUAAGGUGUAUGGAUCAGGUGGUUACACUCACUAUGCAGCACUAUGCAUAAUAACUGUAUGUUAAUUUUAAGAAUUUCAAAUUUCUAGAAAUUUCUAUAAUAAUAUUACAGGUGUACGACACGAUGCAAACUCGUGAUCAACACUUAGCGUUAACGUGUGUCAUAAGUUGGAACACAAAAAAACAGCCACUAAGUAUGUAGGUAUAAUAAGUGUUUUAUUGUGAAAACAUGUUGCGCACAUGAAGUCAACGAACCUAAUGUUGGAUUUUGUUAUCAUAAUAUAGGUAGAAAUUUGAGCACCAAAAAACUUUUUUUUCUCGGUCCGGUUCUACUUACUAAGUUUUACCUACAUGAGGCUUUGUUUACGUUUGAGUUUUAGAGGCUCUGCUGCGUAAUGAGUUCUAAAUUAUCGAAAAAAAUGGGGUAUAGGUAUGUUUUUAUGGAUUAUAACACUGGAGUUCUUGAAAUCGUGAGGCUCAAAUUUGAGAGUAUCUGCCCUCUGCAAUUGUUUGCUAAAUGAAGGUAGGUACUUUCAAAUACCAACAUUAACACCAGCCUUGAACCCUCUCCUGGGCAUAGGCCGCAUAGCCUCCUUUGGUUUAUGCCAUUGUUUUCUAUCUCUUGUAUAUCAUUAUAUUAUGAUUAUACACAUUCUUUUAUCUCGUAAUCAAAAAAUGAAGAGGAUACAGUGAUUCAAUUCAGAAGCCUCACGUGACGUCAAUUACCAGUACGCUUCUUACUAGGUUUUUAAACCCUAUCACCAAACUUAAGUGCUUUUUAUCUUCCUUACUUUUUAAUGAUGUGAUAUAAUUAAAAAUACCUACUUAACCAAUUUUUUUUAAAAAUUUAUCUUCAUAUGAUUUAGUCAAUUACCUUAUUUCGACCACUGAACUACAAAAUGGUGACUUGUACUGACCAAGUCGAGGAUGGGCAGUUCCUGUUUGACUUCACAAAAAAUGACGACGUUGAGGUUUGGCAAGAGCAAUCUGACACAGUGCGCGAUGUAGGCAUGUCCAAAGCUGUAUUUGUGAUACACAAGAAUAUUGCUUUCCGAAGAGCUAUAUUUUUCGCUCUUUUAAAUCCACAACUCAACGGAGCUGGAUUUGCUGGAAUACGAGCUAUACAGACAUACAACCUGACAGGCCACACAAAAUUGCAAAUCAAGUGUAGGGGCCAAGGGCAAUAUAAUGGCUUCAAAGUUAUUUUGAGACAUAAAGGUUUAAAUGAUGAACCCAACUAUUCAUUUGAACAAUAUUUUCAGGCACCAAAGGAUGAUUUUGCUAUUCGUAAUCUUAAGUUUUCCGAGUUUAAAGCUUAUUACAGAGGUAAAAGAGUGAACAACAAUGAAACUUUAGACUUGUCUCAAAUUACUAGUCUAGGGAUACAGAUGUAUGGUGGAGUUUAUCAACCAAUCAAACAAAAAGGACCAGCAACUUUGGAGAUUGACUGGAUUAAAGCUGUAUAAAGCACACUUUUAAUGUUCAGUAAAUAUUAUAUUGUGAUGUAACUAAAUAUAACACAACUUUAUUUUCA